UCGCGGUGCUGCACCUACACAAAGGGGAGAGAGGAGAGACUGGAAGUAUCCACAGACUGUGUGAAAGUAAAACGCCUGUUUUUGGAGAUCGCACUUACUAACGAUUGUCACAAACUGUCUGCGUAUUAGCAUGAGUUUAGACGCCUUCCUGGAUUAAUUGGACUUGCAGCCUGCUUGCAAAAAGCAAGUUCGCUCUCACUUUGUGAAGGAAAAAUCGCGCAGAGAAACAACGAUGGAUAGGAGCAUCCCGGGAUGGUGCGUGCUGUUAACCCUGCUUCUGCACGGAACGCACUGCCUGGCUGCCAAGGAGCUCCAGUGCCAGGAGAUCUCUGUGCCUCUGUGCAAAGGUAUUGGCUACAAUUACACCUACAUGCCCAACCAGUUCAACCACGACACGCAGGACGAAGCCGGCCUGGAGGUGCACCAGUUCUGGCCGCUGGUGGAAAUAAAGUGUUCCCCCGAUUUGCGCUUCUUCCUCUGCAGUAUGUACACACCGAUCUGCCUUGAAGACUACAAAAAGCCGCUGCCACCGUGCAGGAGUGUGUGUGAGCGGGCCAAAGCUGGCUGUGCGCCGCUCAUGAGACAGUACGGCUUCCCGUGGCCAGACCGGAUGAGAUGCGACUUGCUACCCGAACAAGGAAACCAGGACACGCUGUGCAUGGACUACAACCGCAGCCAGACCACCACUGUCUCUCCUGUGGUGACGAAGCCAACCAACCGGCCAAUAAAGCCGUACAACACCAAAAAGAAGAGCGGUUAUGGUCGCGGAAUCCCCGGUAAGCCCAAGACGGCAGCGUCUACGUGUGAAACGGGGUGCUUCUGCCGUGCGCCCAUGGUCCCCGUUACCACCGACAGCCACCCACUGCACAACCGCGUCAAAACUGGACAGAUCUUGAACUGUGCAGUUCCGUGCCACAACCCUUACUUUACACCAGAAGAGAGGACUUUUACUGCCUUUUGGAUCGGCCUGUGGUCGGUUCUGUGUUUCAUCUCCACUUUUGCAACUGUAGCGACUUUUCUAAUUGACAUGGAGAGGUUUAAGUACCCGGAGCGCCCCAUCAUAUUCCUCUCCGCCUGCUACAUGUUUGUGUCAGUUGGAUAUAUUGUGAGACUGAUCGCUGGACACGAAGAAGUGGCCUGCAACAGAGAGAACGGCGGAGAAUACAUUCACUAUGAAACCACUGGUCCUGCGCUUUGUACAAUCGUUUUCCUGCUUAUCUAUUUCUUUGGCAUGGCCAGCUCGAUCUGGUGGGUGAUUCUGUCCCUCACAUGGUUUCUCGCUGCGGGUAUGAAGUGGGGAAACGAGGCAAUAGCCAGUUACUCACAGUACUUUCACUUGGCCGCCUGGCUCAUUCCCAGCAUGAAGUCCAUAGCGGUUCUGGCUCUGAGCUCAGUGGACGGGGACUCUGUGGCUGGGAUUUGCUACGUCGGCAAUCAGAAUUUGGACAACCUGCGGGGGUUUGUGUUGGCACCACUGGUUAUCUACCUGUUCAUCGGUACCAUGUUUCUGCUGGCCGGCUUCGUGUCGCUGUUCAGGAUCAGGAGUGUUAUCAAACAAGGAGGCACCAAGACUGACAAACUGGAGAGGCUGAUGAUCAGGAUAGGAGUUUUCACAGUUUUAUACACAGUCCCGGCCACUGUCAUAGUGGCGUGUUACUUUUACGAGCAGCAUAACAGGCAGACGUGGGAAAUUACGCACAACUGUACGUGCAUGACGGACACGAACAGGCAGAGGCCAGACUAUGCUGUGUUUAUGCUGAAAUAUUUCAUGUGCCUCCUGGUGGGUAUCACGUCAGGAGCCUGGAUCUGGUCCGGGAAGACCUUGGACUCCUGGAGGACUUUUUGCACGCGGUGCUGCUGGGGGAGUAAAGCCUCAGCGGGCUCCAUGUACAGUGACGUGAGCACUGGACUGACCUGGAGGUCUGGGACGGCCAGCUCGGUCUCCUGCCCCAAACAGAUGCCACUUUCCCGGGUUUGAUCAGGUUGACAGGACGCUCAAUUGCAUCUUAUGUCAUUUGACACUAAAGACUUAAAACCAGCUUUCUGGGGACAGCGUGUCAUACAGACUGAAUCUUAUGUUUUUAUUGGGUAAAUUAUUAAACGUUAGUCUCCAAACUGCCAGUUAAAGUCAAGCUUUGGUCCUGAGCACUCCCCCUAAUGUGAACGUUUGUUGAAUUUAUGCUUGUAAAAAAGUUAGAAGAUCACUUUGACUUAUGGAAAGUGCUCUUUCCUUGCCUUAUCCCAGUGACGUCCAGGGGUUUUGAAUAGAGGCUUUGAGAGGGGGAGGGUGACUAAUUGUGUUGGGAUUGUCCAUCAGCGUGUUGUAAUUAGCACAUUAAUGAGCGCCUAAUGGCGUCUCUUUAAAUAAUGAGACUGUCAGCAGCAGAACAAUGUACCUGGCACGAAGAAUGCAGAGUCUUAUCGGGGCUUAAUUGAAUGCACACAGCUGACAAGAUCCCCCUUGUCGAUAGGUUAUUUGGUAUCUCCUUAUUCUUACUGCAAAGAACCGCUGUGUCUUAAACACAAUAUUCACAAUGAGACUGUUCUGCUAGAAACGAGGCCGCUGCGGGGCUGUUUUUGUCGACAAGAUGGAUUUAUACGUACGUUAAUCAAUGCCUUAAUACUGCCUCAUACGGGUUGCAUUUGCGCAUAAAAUGUAUUUAUAUAAUUAUUGGUGUACAUACAUUGUACAUUUGUACAUGGAAUUUUACGAGACUGUAAAUAUGUAUAAUUUCCAUUUUUGAUAGAAGAUUUUAUUUUGAGAAUAAAACUUUUAUUGAAUGUUUA